UUAGUAUAUUGUACACGCAGUCUAAGUGAGCAGUGUCUUUUCUACCGUUAAAAUGGAUGCUCGUUGUCUUAUAUUUUUUCUUUUUUGUUUUAUGAGCCAUUUACGUUAUGGACUUUUAUACUAUGCAGUACAAAGAAUUAUCAAUGGACACAGCACAUAUAUUAAUUCAGUUCCUUUCAUGGAAAGAGGCAAUUUUUAUUUAAUACUGCUAAUCUUAUCAUUGAGAAGAAAUAAUAAACACGUGUGUUGUGCAGCUAUAAUAAACGAGAAAUGGGCUGUGACAGCAGCUCACUGUAUAUAUACAACUAAAAAUCUUAAAGAGAUUACCUUGUGCAGUGGAUCUACCGCUCUUCACCAAAAAUGUAUCGGUCAUAAUGUAACCAAGUUUCUCAUACAUGAAAAGUAUAACUACAUAAUCAAUGAUUAUGACAUCGCUGUUAUUGAAGUAACGCCUGCGUUUGUAUUUAAUGAUCACACAAACGCGGUUAACUUGGCAACGAAGAGAUGUACUCCAUGUAGGAAAUGGGGUAAAAUCUGCGGUUGGGGACUCUAUCUGAAAUUCUACCAUUUUCUCAUACCACUUCUGUCGGAAAAUCUGCGAUGUGCAGUAGUGCCGCGAAUAAGUAACAGGCAAUGCCAGGAAUAUUAUAUGAAUAGAUUCGUAGUGACACCACGAAUGACAUGUUACGGAUAUCAAGAGGGAGGCAUAGACGCCUGUCAAGGUGAUUCUGGUGGGCCAAUAGUGGGUCCUGACAAUAUUCUGCUCGGUAUAACUUCAUGGGGAGACGGUUGUGCCGAAAGGAACUCGCCUGGUGUAUAUACAGAUGCCUUAUUCUUUAACCAUUGGAUUAAAAAGAAUACCAGAAUGUAUCGUUAACAAAUUUAUUAUC